CACAUGCAGGUCAUGCAAUCAUCACAUGUUUUGAUAUGAUAAAAAUUUCUAGCAUGAUCGUAACGUCGAGAAUCGAUUUAUAAGACAUAUUAAUUGUUGUAAAACUUCAUCCGGUUUUGCUUCGAAUGGCUCUCCGGUAUCGCGAACAUUUUUUGAGACCCGAACCCCAUUGUAAUUAAACCUGAUCACAAUACUCGUAAAUGAAAAAGAUCGUAUGCUCUGUGAUGGCCGAGCCGCGAAAGGUGGGUCUGCAAGAAGAUGGAUUACAGAACGAGGACCUCCAGUUGCUAGACCUACAGAAAGUUGGCCUACAUGAAGAGGGUCUACAAAAGGAUCAUCAGCAGAAAAAUACUCUGCAUGGGAAAAACGCGCUGAAUGAAGAGCAACCGGAAAAAAGCCUGCCGAAGGAGGAACGGCAGAAAACGGACGUUCAGGAGGACCAGCAGAAGGCAGACGUACAAAAUGAUUGCCUGAAGAUCAAAAACCAGCUUAAAGAGCACACGAUGGAGGAGAACUUGCAGCUAGAUGAUUUGCAGAAUAAAUAUCAACAGAACGAGUGCCCGCAUAAGGGAGAUGUCCAUAAGAAUGACCCGAAGGAGGAAAGGUUACUUAACAAUAACGAUUUUCAGAACCCGGAACUGCAAAUUGAUGAUCUGCAAAAGAAGGACCUGCUUAAAAUAGCCCUGCAAAAAGAAGACAUGCAGAGGCGUUUGCUGACAGAAGAGCGACAGAAAAUGGAUCUGCUCAAGCAAGAACUACUGAAAGAAGAAAUUAAAAAAUUGCCUCAUGAUGCCAUAACUCAAACUCACGUUGCGUCUCACAGAGGCUGGAUGAUGGGGCAGAAGGCAGACCUUCUGACGCGACACCUCACCUACUGCAUCGACAACCCUUACCACGCAGUCACCAACCCCACGGGAAUGGUGAACCUCGGAGCAUCCGUGAACAGCAUGAUGAAGAAGGAACUCGAGCAGCGUCUGAACGCGCCCGAUGUACUUGUACACAAGAUGCACGUGAUCGUGGAUGAGGUGUACGCGCUGUCGGUGCAUGGGGGAGCGACGGAGGAGACCGAUAAAGGGAGCGAGAGAUGUCAGUUUCGCAGCGUGCUCAGCUACGACGACCUUCCUGAUCCACAGCGCACACACUUCGUCUGGGGCAUGGCCAAGGAUUUGGGAUUGGCAGGAUUCCGUAUUGGCGUAAUCCACACCCGCGAUCCUGCAGUGCUGGACUGCCUGAACGUUACAGGGAUCUAUCAGGCGGUGCCCAGCAUCGUUCAGGACGCCGCUGCCACGCUUCUUAGUGAUGCAGCGUGGAUCGACUCUUUCUUCCCUCUGGCACGAGCACGCCUAAAACAGCGCUACGUCGACACCGUGUCAGUGCUGGCAAAGGAGGGCGUCGCUGUCCGGCCAAGUGUUGCAGGCUUUUUUCUCUGGGUCGACUUGAGGCCCUACCUGCGGGACCUAACCGAGGCUGCUGAGAUGGAGUUGUUCCAACGCUUCAUAGCCGCUGGGGUGUACGUGGUCCCGGGCAAGGAGCAGCGGUGCGCAGUUCCUGGAUGGUUCCGUAUUGUGUUUUCAGUUGACCACGACCUCCUCGUCGUCGGCUUGAAGCGUCUUUUGGACGUCAUCAAAGGCAGGCAGUAGAAAAAUGAUACAACCGCAAGUCUAGAGCAGGAUUCGUCUUUAAAUACAUUUUCUGAACUAUAGAUUCUUGAAAAUAGGAUGUCGUCCUGUUAAUCAAUCAUAGUAACUUUUGUCUUGUAUGAGCCAAUCUUCAAACUUGCCUACGACCGAACUUUCAAUGUUUGAGAUUGACUGAUGUUUUUUAAAACAACAGAUGCUGAUUGACUGGAUAAGGCGAACCAGUGGAUAAUUUAACUCCUAAUAAUAUAUCUACGAAAAUUAAUUCCAUUCCAGCACACUAAACAAGAAGAAACAAGAAUGGAACUUCAUACGGGUUGCCUGGUUAUUAUGAAACCGUUUCUAUCAUGUGCAUUAAAGCUGAAAAGUUACAGUAAAAAUGUUUUUCA